GACGGCGAGCCGCGCCGUGCCGUGCCGUGCCGUGCCGUGCCGUGCUUGUUCCGAUGGAAGUGCCGCCGCCCAGCGGAGCCGUACCGGCCCUGUCUGGCCGUCCGCACAGGACGCUGGUUGUGUCGGUGGUCUUUGUGCUGUACCUGGUGAUGGGUAGUCUGGUCUUCCAUUGUCUGGAGACGUACAGCCGACCAGUGACGGCGACCAGUGAGGGCAGCCGACCAGUGAGCCCUGAGCGGCUCUCGGAGACCGGCCAACACCUUUCUGAGGACACGCUGGAAUGGCUUUGCCGCCGCAGUGCUGCUGGUCAGGCCGGACGGCUGCUGCCGGCUGAGCACAGCGGCACCGGCUGGCAGCUGCGACAGCUGCUCUGCGGCAGCGGCUCCGACCGGCUGCAGUCCCAGCAGCCCGAGCCGGCCUGGAGCUUCAUAGACGCCCUGUUCUUCUGCCUGACGGUCGUCACCACCAUUGGUUACGGGCAGCUGAGCCCGCGCACGGCCGGCGGCCAGCUGUUCUGCCUGCUGUACGCGCUGGUGGGCAUCCCGAUCAGCGGCCUGCUGCUGGCCGGCCUCUCGGACCUGUUGGCCGGCCACCUGCUCAGCUUCUACCACACCAGCUGGGCCAAACGGCACGGCCGCUCCAAGUGGAGUCUGGCGGCGCUCACGGUGCUCUACCUGUUGUUCGGGCUCCUGCUGUUUGUGCUCGUGCCAGCCGUGGCUUUCAGCUGGCUAGAGAACUGGAACUACCGUGAGGCCGUCUACUACGCCUUUGUCACCCUCUCCACCAUCGGCUUCGGAGACUACACCGCAGCCGGGCCCGGCCCCAGCGACACCGCCUGGAGCACCGUUUACAAGCUGCUGCUCAUGCUCUGGAUCCUGCUCGGGCUCGGCUACUGGGUGCUCGUGCUCGACUUCCUACAGAGGACGCUCAAGUCGAAGGAGGUGCUACAAGCGCUGCAGGGCACCUCUCGGCUGAUGGGCCGCGAGGCGGCCGAGCUGCGCGCAGCGCUCACAGAGCUCGGCGUGCUGCGGCCGGACGCCGCCUUCGUCCCGCAGCACUCCAAGGCGGCGCUCAGCCUGGUGCUGGGCGUCAGCCGCAGCCUGGCGGGCACCGCGCCGCCGGCGCACACCACUGCCGGCCUGCCCGGCAUCCACGCCAUCGGAGACGGCCUGCUGUCGGCGCUGCUGUCGGCGCUGCCGGCCUCACCCUCCGACAGCCCUCAGGCGGCCAGUGGGGGCGCCGUCAACGAGGGCUGCCGGCCCGCAGACGGCUCGCAGCGGCAGCAGCCACCGGGCCCGCAGUGAC